AUGGGUCCAGAAUUGAGGAGAUUCGCAGCAGACGAAGGGUGCAGCUUCACCUAUAUACCACCAAGGGCGCCGAACUUCGGCGGAUUAUGGGAAGCCGCGGUGAAGUCCGCCAAACACAAUAUCGUUCGCGUAAUCGGCAACGCGCUACUCACAGCAGAGGAGCUAGCAACACUGUUGGCCGAAGUGGAGGCCAUCCUCAACUCUCGUCCCCUAGUACCCCUGAGUCAAGACGACGAAGCGUUAACACCGGCGCAUCUACUGAUAGGAUGCUCCCUGCGAGCAUUACCUCCAAAGAAGGUGCCAGUGGACCCAUUCUGGCGACAGUGGUCCAAAGUUUACCUGACGGGCCUUCAGGAACGCAACAAGUGGCUGCACCCCAAACGCAACAUGCAGCUCAACGACCUCGUUCUCGUCCACGAGGACAACGUGCCACCGCAGCAGUGGGUACUAGGCACGUCGUCGCAACGGCCGAAGGGCAAGACGGCAAGUGUACCGUACCAUGUAAGCCUAAGAAUGCUCAAGAAUGCAGGUACACAAUUUGGCAAACGUAUCACGCCACUUUACCGCUACCCACUAAAAGAGCGCCAAGCUAAUAUUACGAAUUUUAAUGACGCUACUAGCACGCCACUAACAAUAUGCGUCGCCGCCGACGUCUCACUCUGCCGGCACUUAGGAUAUUAA